AACGUCAACGCGUCAGUCGAGUGGUGCCCCCCUGAGUAUAAGUACGGAGAAAACGUGUCGUUUGGUCAGUGAUGAACAACUACUUGAAAAUCGCCGUCAGGUGUUAUUCUUCGGCGCGUGCUCCCGUCGGUGCCGUGCCUACCAUCCACGAGCACAUCUGGGCCUCCUUGGGCGAGCACGGAGGCAGGACGGCCAUCUCGUGCCCCGAGAGCGGUAAGAGUCUGACUUACGGGAGGUUGAGGCAGUUGUCGGGCAACAUAGCAGCAUGGUUAUACGCCAAUACGCCCAAAGGCCGGCAGUUCGUGACUAUUUUGCCAAAUUCGAUCGAAAUGGCCAUAUCGGCGUUAGGGGCGUUUGAAGCCGGGGUGCCCCUAUCACCACUCAACCCGCAGAGCACAGCGACGGAGAUUGCCGGUAUGUUCGCGAAGAUCGACCCGAGAUGGCUUGUCACCACCUCUUCGAAGAUCCACGAAGUUUUGGAAGCGAUGAAAGCUGCCAACAGGACGACGAAAGACACGGGUAUCAUCGCUAUCGACGAAGAGAUCAUUUUCAACGGAGUACGUUUUCUGGACGAAACCGUUUUGCAAUCCGGCAACGGUGAACGUUACGAAGACCAGCCAGCUCUGAUGAUGGUCGGCGCAGGGAGAGUCGAGGUCGUGAGCGCGAGUAACAUCUUGGCCAACUGUCACCAAGUCUCCGGUCCCGAAUUGAACCCCCUAGAACCGGGUGACAAAAUCGCCGCUUCUUUACCGAUGUUCCACAAUUACGGGCUUACUCAGACCCUCCUGAGAGGAUUAGCGAGCGGGGCGGAAGUCGUCACACUAAAUAGUAGCAGCCCCUCCGAUCUAGUCUCUUCACUGAACAAGAGCAAAGUCCGCGUUUUGCCGACGAUAUCGCCCAUGAUGGACGCCCUGGCCGGUCUCGGACGAGAUGCUCUUAACGAAGUAAAAUAUAUAACAGUCGGUGGUCGGCCCGACGUCGCCUCCAACAAGUUGAAAUCCGUUUUCAACGGCGAACUCCUGCAUAAUUACGGUCCGAUCGAAGGGCCGAUUCUGUUCCAGCAGAGGCGAGGGGUCGCCGGCAGGCCUGGCAGCGUAGGGGAACCCUUGCCGAACACCGAAGCCAAGGUGCUAGCACCCGGGGGCGCCCAGCUCCCCGAGAUGACAGAAGGAGAGAUAUGGGUCAAAGGGCCCCAGAUCGGAAAAAGCUUAGAAUGGAUCCGGACCGGCGAUCUGGGAUACAUGGACCUCGACGGCUGGUUUUACGUGACGGUCGAAGGGAACGUUUCCGUCGACGGGCUCAAAGUCGUCCCCUCGGAGCUCGAAGAGGUCCUCAUCAAGCACAGCUCCGUCAGAGAGACAGUCGUUUUCCAGAGCGAUGGCAAGUUAAUCGCCGCCAUCGUACCGACAGACUACUACAACCCGCCUCCUCUCAAGGAGCUCUCAAACCAUCUCGAAUCCCACCUGGCUCCUCACAAACGCAUCUCCGACGUCGUCAUAAUGUCCUCUCUUCCCAAAAACGAAAGCGGCUACUUCGACAGGAUCAACUUAGAACAAAACUACAACGCACGCCACCACGAAUUUGUCGCCGUUCAAUCCCUCUAACUCUUCGACAAAAUUAUUUGUAUAUAAUGUAAAAAGAAAAUAUGUACAUAACUAAUUGCACUGAAGACUGAUUUUAGUAGUCUAA